AUGGCAGCCGCCCUGAGCUACGACCCCGAAUACCUCGCGGCCGUCUCGGUCCUUCCUCCAACGGAGCGGCCCGACACGUUCGCGGACGUAUUUGAGCUACGGAACUUCACUGAGGAUGCUCUUUUCAACAUCAUCCACAUGUUACCGACUCCUGCGGGCAUCACCGAGACCAAGUUCCAAUACAAAAGCCUCGACAACACCACCGUCAGCCUCUACCGCUUCACCAGCAAGGAAAUCACCGACGCUACCAAGCCUGGACCUGCCGUCGUCUUUGCCCAUGGCGGAGGUGGAAUAUCCUGCAGCGUAGAGGUCUACGCCCCCCAGAUCGCCCGUUACGUCGCCGAUACGGGCAUCACUUUCUUCGCAGUCGACUACCGUCUCGCCCCGGAAGAUCCGGCCCCCGCUGCCGUCGACGAUGUAUUUGCUGGCUUGAAGUAUAUCUCAAGCCACGCUUCCGAAUUGAACAUUGAUCCCAAACGGAUUGCCGUUAUGGGCGACUCGGCUGGUGGUGGGCUUGCAGCUGGCGCAGCGCUAAUGGCACGCGACAAAGGCCUCAGCCCACCUUUGGCCAAGCAGAUUCUCGUGUAUCCCAUGCUUGACGAUCGAACCAAGUUGCCCAAAGGAUCACCUCUCGAACCGUUCCUCAUCUGGAAGACAGGCGACAACAAACAAGCAUGGGCUGCCAUUUUGGGUGAUGAGGCUGGGAAAGAGGACACCAAUGUCUCCAUCUAUGCAGCACCCGGCCGCGCCAAAGAUCUGCGAGAUCUCCCGUCCACAUACGUCGAAGUGGGAGGUCUGGAUCUUUUCCGAGCCGAGGAUCUGUCUUAUGCCAGCCGUAUUGCAGCCGAGGACAUCGAAGUUGAACUUCACUUGUGGCCUGGUCUGCCACAUGUGUAUGAAGUGGCAAGUGAGGCAACCAUUGUUAAGAAGGCUUUGGAUGCGAGAAUGAGGGCAUUGAAGACCUUUUAA